GUUUUGUGACAGUAACAGAUAUGUAAUACAGCCAUACAUUAUCUGGAUGGUGCAGUCAGUCACCUAAGGGUAAGUUGAACACCCUUACGCAAUAGCUAGUUGCCUCUAAUGGUUAUUUAAAGUUGUUGCAAUAUGAUUAGACGGAGCAUGUUACAAAACAACUUUAAUUAUACCCUUUGGGGCAACUAGCUAUUGCGUAAGGGUGUUCAACAUCUAGCUAAUCUAUGGCUGGAUCACAUCAUGGUUAAGUGCCGACCAACGCACCUCCUUAUGUUUCUAAAAUAAUCUGGACCUGUAUUGUUUGAGUGAUUGACUGGAGGCCCUGUGUGAAUUAUUCAGAGUAGGCUGUUCACUUAGGAGGCUGUGGUUGUCUUUCUGCUCCCCUCGGUCUCUACUGUACACAGCCUUUCCACAAGCAGGUGUCCCCUGAAACGGCUACCGUUUGCAGUGUGUCUUUUUGGUUGGUUUAUUUACAUGAAACACAUUUGUGAUUUCGUGCUACGCUGACAUUUGGAGUAGUACUGCAGUUUUUGGGUGUAACUAUUGCUGAUAAUUCUGCAUCGUGUGGUAAGUACAGAUUGCUUUACACCAUGAAUGUGUGUCUCUGUAUUAAAAAUAUGACCAACUGUAAUGUUAUAUGGAUUUAGAUUGCCAAUUUGAUCAUGUAACUCAGAUUUGAAUAAGCACCCAUUUUACCAGGCACAUGCUACAUAAAAUGUUAUGUAAAUCAACAGUGACAUAUUUAGGUCAACAUCUCAUUUUGGAGACUAGUUGURGGAAAAGGUUGUGAGGCCAAAUCUUUGUCAGACAAAGUCUAGGCCUACUUCUAAUCACCUUGCUUUAGGCUGCACAAUAAUCGUCAGUGAUUAAGGGUUUAGUAAAAACAUUUGUGUUCUGCUGGAUGUGAGUUUAAUGGCUUGUAUCACAUUUCCUGGACCCUGUGUAAGGCCAGAGAGUUGCCAGGUUCAAGACUACCCUGCAGUCUGCACUAUGUCUUAUAUAUGAUCCCCAGCUUGUAUAUGAUCCCCAGCUGAGGUCCGCAGUGGAUACGCAAACAGACAUGCAGUAUCAUAGUAUAUUUCUUUCAAUCUCCAUCCUUUAUCUACAAUGUAACUUCCCUUCCCCCUAUUUCUUACCCUGGUCCAAUAUCUGUUUGUKCUGCCAUGCCAACUCCUAGGGUCAUUGUCAAGUACUUUGACGUUAUAUUUGCAAACCUAGUUUUGUGUAGGCUACAGGACCACCAAGGAGUUAUCCCUCUGCAUGAGUAGUGCUAUCUCAGAGAAAUGGAGACAAGGCGACUGAGAAGAGACAUUGAAACCCUUCUGUGAGUUGCUUUCUGUGGAUGAUAAAAUUAUAGAUUUAGAGGAAUGGUGUGUGGGAAGAGGACAUUUUGAUGAAAUGCCAUUCUAUUUCUUCAGGCGCUUGAAAGGGUUUUGUGUUYUGAACAGGGGAGAUUACAUUGGUCAGAAACUGAGAGAGAAUGGCUUUGACCCCAAGGGGAAAGGAUCCACUAGCAUGCUGGAUGACCUGGCCCAUUAUGACUUGGCCAUAAGUGUUGCCCUUUGGUGGCUAGAGAAAGAGGAGCGACAUGAUGUGAUGGACAGAGACAUCGUUGGAGUGGGCAGCCCAGGUUAUAAUGACCAGUACCCCAACCACCUGGAGAGAGAAGCCAUGAUCCUUUCUUCCUUCGCUGGGAUGAUCCUGAAUAGCUUGCCUGUAAAAGACAUUCUUGCCCUCUACACCACCAAACCAUCUGCCGCUUAUCCCCACCAGCACUCCAAGAGCGCCAUUGUUCAUCCCUUCACCUUGUCCUAUCACCCGUUUGCCAUGCUGGGCUCAUUCAAGGCCGUGGACCACUCCAGAAAGCACACCCAGAAUUUGAAGCGAUGGCUGUCUGUGCAGGGUAAACGAGGUGCUGCCCCUGAUGGACCGAGGGCCUUGGUGCAGUCCUCCUCAUCCACAUCUAACUCCUUCCUCUGUGACAGUGGUGAGUCCUUGAAGGAACAAACAGAGCAUUAUGAAGUAUCACAAUAAUCUCUACAGGAUUAAGGAAAGUCCUCUCCUCUUCUGUGUUACUACACCAUUAUUAUAUUGUUAUUACAUGGUUAUUACAGGGUUAUUCCUGUGUUAUUACACUGUGGGUGAAAUUUGUGAUGUCCCUGUUAUGAGCCUGCUACUACUGGGCCUUCACAUUCAAGGAACCCUGGCCAAUAGUAAGUAUCAAUCCUCCAGUGUGUUAUCAUAUCACUAGGGGUUUCGUCUAUAUUUGGUUGUAGCUCAGACCAUGUCCAUCUAUAAGGAAUACAAAUGUUUGACUACAUCAUAUACAUUACUGUACACACUUUACUGUACAAUAAACCAUCCACUGUCUGUAACAAAGUUGCCUAGUUAAAUAAAGGUUAAAU